GGUGAGCCUGUGUAAAUUGUAGCCUCUGUUUCCUGUUCUUAGCUGACAGGAGUGGCAGCCUGGUGUGGUCUUCUGCUGCUGUAGCCCAUCUGCUUCAAGUUGUCUGCAGUCUCUGGUCAUCUCCUGUUAGUAUGUCCGCAGUCUCUGGUCAUCUCCUGUACUGUGUAAUGCAGUCUCUGGUCAUCUCCUGUACUGUGUCCGCAUCUCUGGUCAUCAAACCUGUACUGUGUCCGCAGUCUCUGGUCAUCUCCUGUACUGUGUCCGCAGUCUCUUGGUCAUCUCCUGUACUGUGUCCGCAGUCUCUGGUCAUCUCCUGUACUGUGUCAGCAGUC